AUGGAGAACGUAUCAAGUCUUGCUGCCUCACCUAUUGGUGUCGAUUAUCAGCUCCCCCAGUUCGUCAGUGAGGGCCAUUGCACUGGAUACUACAUCACCAUCACCAUCUUCCUUAUUGCAGCGUGGUUCUUUUUCCCCAAGAAGCAGACAUCCCAUCUCGAGAUACCCUUCUACAAGGCCUCAAAGACCAAAUGGAUAUUCGAUGCCGAAACAUUAAUCAAAGACAGCUACACAAAGUUUCGGGAUCGGGUUUAUCAGAUCAAGGCUACCGAGGGAGUUCAAGUCAUAGUACCCGCCCGUCUCGUUGGUGAACUUAAAGGACUUCCAGAAGAUAUCCUCAGUGCAACAGAAGCCGUGUCAGAUGCUCUCCAAAGCAAGUACACAAAAUUCUCUCCAGGCCACAACGGUGAACUACUGGCGUUGUUGGUCAGAACAAAACUUACACAGAACCUCACUCGAGUGGUACCCCUUCUGAAAAAGGAACUGGAACAUCUUUUGGCCACUGAGUUCCCAGCCUGCGAAGACUGGACACCGGUGAAAUGGCAACCGUUCAGUCUUCGUGCUGUAGCCCGUCUGAGUGGUAGAGCCUUUGUUGGACCAUCCAUCAACCGAGACGAGAAGUGGAUGGACACUUCGAUCAACUUUGCCGUUCACGUCUUUACAGCAUGCGUCAAGCUCCAGUUCAUCCCUGAAUGGGCUCGGCCUGUAGGCCAGCAUCUUGUCUCAGAGCUUCGCCAGAUCCGCAAGGACAUCAAGAUUGCCAAGGAAAUGCUAAAGCCAAUCCUCGAAGAGCGACUCCACGAUAUGGAGUUUUCCAACGGUGGAGAUGCACCAGACGAUAUGAUCCAAUGGCUUAUUGAAGCACUGCCAGAGGAGGAAAAGGCCGACCUCACAACCCAGGCAGAACUGCAGUUGAUUAUUGCAGCGGCUUCAAUCCACACAACCAACAACCUGCUCUGCGAAUGCCUUUGCGACCUAGCAGCAUACCCAGAAGUACAAGAAGAGCUUCGAGAAGAGGCGUAUCGCAUUCUGGAAGUUGACAAUGGAUGGGAGAACAAGGAGAGCAUGGCCAAGCUGAAGAAGCUGGAUAGUUUCAUGAGAGAGGUCCAGCGUCUCAGCGGAAACAUCACAUCGUUCAUCCGCAAGGUCAUGAAGCCCAUUUCCCUUUCUGAUGGCACCGAACUGCCAGUAGGCACCAAAGUCCUCGCGCCUCAAGCCGGCAUCGCUCUCGACGAGCGCUAUUUCCCCGACCCCGAACGCUUCGAUGCCUUCCGCUUCUACAAGCUUCGUCAAGAAUCUGCAGAAGCCAGCAAUCGAUGGCAAUUCACUUCCCUCAACGAUACAUACAUCAAUUUCGGCGCAGGCAAGCAUGCGUGCCCGGGCCGUUUCUUUGCCAGUAAUGAGAUCAAACUUGUGCUGGCACAUAUACUCAUUAACUAUGACAUCCGCUUGAAAGCAGGCGAAGAUAGACCAAAGGCCAUGGCGGUGGUCAUGGCUAAGGCUCCCUCUCCAGAUACCGAACUGGAGUUUCGACGAAGAUCAUGGGCAGCUUGA